AUGGUUCACCGACGCAGGAAGGAUCCAGCUGCGAUUCGAAGACGGGUUGAGGACGAAGGCGAUGAGGAAGGAGGUCCUGACCUCGGAGACCUGGAUGAUGAUUCUGGCAGUGAGGGGUCGUUAAUAAGUGAGGAGGAUGACGCACAUGAAGGGGACGAGGUCAGCACAAUUGGAGCUGCUCCUACUGACUCUCCCGAGCUAUCGAAGCUCAACGGAAAUGCCCAGAGACAAGUCAGAGAUGUCAAGCAGUCAUCGACGAACGGCGUUGCGGACUCAACAAAGAAGCCGCUCACGAAUGGUACUACUGAUAUGGAUUUGAUGCUGAAUGGCCUCAAGCUAUCGGAUCAGAAUGGAUCUGUCGAGGAAGUUAAUUACGAGGAUAUGCGUGAGGACGAAGAGAUUCUGGUACCAUCACCAGCCGUGGUGAACUCAACGGCGCAGAUGGACCGGCCACAGGAACUUCCCCACGAGCGCCGCCGAAGAGAACACGAGGAAUAUAAGAAGAAGCGAGACGCCGACCCAGCAUUUGUACCUAAUAGAGGAGCAUUCUUCAUGCAUGAUCAUCGUCACUCUGGUCCUGCUGCAAAUGGAUUCCGGCCCUUCGGCAGAGGUAGAGGUCGGGGAAGACCAGGCAUUGGUGGUCCAUUUGCACCAUUUAAUCAAAUGCCACAGUCUUUCGAACCUACCGAUGCUCCCUGGACACACGAUAUGCACGAAGUCAUCAGUGAGCCUAGCCCUCGAAACCUCCAGGCCCCUAAUUACCCCAACGGCGCCUCCCAUAUCCCUUCUCGAGUUCCUAUUAGCUCUUCUGAAGCUGCACCUGUAAAUCGAGCUCUCUCGGUCACAAAGCAUGUCGGCAAUGUGCAAGUACGGGUCUUGUUAUCGACGAUGAAGGAGCCUAUUGUGUUUCCUGGAAUUCCGUGGAAGCAAUACACUCGUCUACCAGACCACCGUCCUCCUUUGCGCCGAGAUAAACCUGUCCGAAUUUCUCUUCCGAACCAUCCGCCACGCUAUAUAUUCCCUGCUGUCGACAGGUCCUUCAUAUUUAUACCGAGAGCCAUGAGACCGAAUCAACAGGGUUUCGGCGGUCGUGGCAGAGGAAGAUCGGUUUUUGGUUCCGUGGGAGGAUACUCUAGAAGAACUAGUGUGUUCGGUGGCAGUAUGUUCGGCAGUGCAUACAGUCCUAGUGUUGCUAUGAGCCGCCGCUCAUCACUUGCUCGUGAGGUCAACAGAGAGAGCAUAGUCUCACCAACUGGAUCGACCAUGUCCCGUCAACAAGCGGCAUUGGAUUCAACAAGACCAGUCCCAGUUGUCAAAUUACCACCCUCAAGCCAAUCGGUCCAGCCACCCCAGUUGCAGAGUGCUGAAGCGGUAUAUUCAAAUGGCUCCCCACAGGCAUCGAAUUCGAUCGAUGACCUACCUCGACCACAGACUUAUCCAUUGCCUCAGAAGCCUACGUUUCGUGAAAAUAGGCCCAACCCUAUUCCUAUGCAUCAACCCCGACCUCAAAAAGCAGUGUCAGUUGCAGACAUCGAGUCACCUGCGACCUUAUCAUUCAAUCCACCUCAACAACAAUCUCAGCAACCAUUCCACCAACAGGUGCCUCUACAGGUCAAUGGUAAUAAUUAUCAGCAUGAUGCUAUGCUACAUUCACGAAACCCGUCUUAUCCGAGUCAGGCUUCAACUGGUACUCCACUAUCACAAAUUCCAGAAAGAGCUAUACAUGCUCAACCCUUCCAACCAAACCCGUAUCAACAAGCACCACAAAACUUCUAUCCUCAGCAAUUCCAUGUAAUGCCACAACCCCAAGGAUACUACUAUCCACAAACGUUUAAUCCAUCCAUGGCACCGCCAGGUGGAGCGCCUCCGCCGUUUAUGCCGCCGCAAACCCAGCAACAGCAGCAACAACCACCGCCAUCAUACCCUCAAGGAGCACAACAGACAGACAACAACAAUUCCCAAGGCGUUCCUCAGAACUUGGUGGCACAAGAAGUCAACGGCAUGGUUUACUAUUACGACGCGGCACAAAUUCCUCCUGUUGCUACUUUCCCAUCGUACCAACCUCCCCCGUCAUACCCGAUGCAGCAAGUUGGUGGAGUUGUUGGGAUGGGCGGCAUGAUGACACCUUCUCCUGAUGGUUUCUACUAUCCACAGGCACCCCAAGGUGUGGUCUACUACCAACAGUAG